UCAUCGAUCGGAGGCCAAUCAGCGUCAAGAAAAGUCAGGCUUGCUGGUAGUGGUGCUAUAGCAGAGCUCUCGCAAGCUGCCUCGGCGUUGAUUCCAUCUGCCCCGACAUCGGCAUGGCGGUGAGCUCCAAGAACACCCAGCACUCGCCCGCGGUCACCUUCCUCCUCGGGGCCAUCUCGGCCACCGCGGUGCUCGUCUUCUUCUUCACCGCCACCGCGGGUCCCGCGUGGCCCACGGCGGCGACGGAGCUCACUCCUCGGGGCAGCCAGGAGGUGGCUCGGUCGGCUUCUGCACCGGCGCCCAAGGCCUCUUCUACCACCAAUGCGACGGGCGGCGACGACGCGUUCGCGCGGAUGCUGCGGCGGGCGGCGAUGGAGGACCGGACGGUGAUCAUGACGUCGGUGAACGAGGCGUGGGCGGCGGAGGGGUCGCUGCUGGACUCGUUCCUCGAGAGCUUCCGCGUGGGGCUCAACAUCUCGCACCUGGUGAAGCACAUCGUGGUGGUGGCCAUGGACGAGGGCGCGCUCCGCCGGUGCCGCGCCGUGCACCCGCACUGCCACCUGCUGCUCCCGGACGUCGACGGCCUCGACCUCUCCGGCGCCAAGAGCUACAUGACCAAGGACUACCUCGACCUCGUCUGGAGCAAGCUCCGGCUCCAGCACCGCGUCCUCCUCCUCGGCUACAACCUACUCUUCACGGACGUGGACGUGGCGUGGUUCCGGGACCCGCGGGUGCACAUCACGGCGGCGGCAGACAUCACGACGUCGAGCGACUUCUACUUCGGCGACCCGGACGACCUGGGCAACUACCCAAACACGGGCUUCAUCUACUUCAAGGCCACGGCCCGGAACGCGCGCGCCAUGGCCUACUGGCACGCCGCCAGGGCGCGCUUCCCGGAGAACCACGACCAGUUCGUCUUCAACGAGAUCAAGCGGGAGCUGGCGGCGGCGCCCAUCGGCGUUCGGAUCAGGUUCGUCGACAGCAAGCACGUCAGCGGCUUCUGCCAGCUCGGGCGCGACCUCAACCGGAUCGCCACCGUGCACAUGACCUGCUGCAUCGGCCUGGAGAACAAGCUGCACGACCUCCGGCGCGUCGUGGAGGACUGGAGGCGCUACGUGUCGCGCCCGGAGUGGGAGCGCCGGGCCGGCAAGAUCGGCUGGAGGUUCCAAGGAGGCAAGUGCAUACAUUGAUUGCUUCAUUUGUUCAUUGAUGGGACCGAUCGGAAUUGUUCAUUGAGAGAAACCGAUGGUGCAUGGAAAAGAUUGCGAGCGACCUUCCGGCCUGUCGUUGCUGUGUUUCGCCAUUCUGUUCAUAAUAUUUCAGAAAUUAUUUAGCACACGCACACAUGAUAUAUU